AUGGCUGCCGCCACCAUGCCACAACAGGCGUAUGCCGAACCCACAGCAGCCGUACACGAUGAGAAGGAACAGUACAUCCAGCAGACUCCCCUCUGGGUGGUGAUCGUGCGCGCCCUUCAAAUCGUCUUCAGCUUCGUCACCGUCAUUAUGGCUGGCGUCCUGAUCCAUGGGAAAGCCUUGGGUGCUAACGGCUUUGCGGUCGCUUGUGUCGUAUUCACGUGGAUCAUUGUCAGCUACACGCUCAUAACCGAGAAGGUAGCGUCUGCUCGUGGGGCGUACAACAUCUGGGCCGUGCUGUCGCUUGACCUGACCAUGGUCAUCUUCUGGCUCGCGUCCUUGGGCGCCAACGCCGAGCUGCGUGCGAGCUUUAACGUCCCGGUCAACGUCGAGUCCUGCUUCAACGACGGCAGCGCCAUCAACAGCAACCACUGCACCGUCUCCAAGCGAGCCGCCGUCGCCGGGCCGGUCGGCCUCGCGCUGAUCAGCGCCAUUGCCGGCGUGAGCGCCCUGGAGUGGCUACUCUUCCUCGCAACCCUCAUCUUCCACGGCCACACCUUCCGCCUCUGGCACCAAGAGCACAAAACGCCCUCCACCGACAACGCCACCGUCGAGAUGAAGGCCCAAGGCACCCCGAUGCUAGCACCGCAACACCAGCCCCCCACCACCACCACCACCACCACCACCGCCGCCGCCCACCCGCAGUACACCGACCAGCAGCAGUACCAGUCGACCAUGUACCCGCAGCAGCCCGACACCGCCUACGCCCAGCAGACUGCAUAUCCCCCACAGCAGCAUCAGCAUCAGCACACCCCUGCCGGUGCUUAUCCCCCCCAGCAGCAGCAGCAGCCGUAUGGUGCAUAUCCGGACCCGGCGCAGUAUCAGCAGCAGCAGAUGUAUAGCCCGCAUGGGACGCCGGUGCAGGGUCAGCCGUAUUACCCGCCGCAGUAG